AUGGCCAUGGAAGUUUCUGCAAUCGGCUUUGAAGGGUUUGAAAAGAGGCUAGAGAUAUCAUUUUUCGAACUGGGAAUAUUUGUGGACCCUGAAGGAAAGGGUCUUAGGUCUCUAACAAAAUCCCAGAUAGACGAGAUUCUAGGACCUGCAGAAUGCACCAUUGUUUCCUCACUAUCAAAUGAAAAGGUUGACUCUUAUGUUCUCUCUGAGUCCAGCCUUUUUGUUUAUCCAUAUAAGAUCAUAAUCAAAACCUGUGGUACUACCAAAUUGCUGCUUUCGAUUCCACCUAUAUUGAAAUUAUCCGAGGCACUUCCUCUCGGUGUUAGAUCGGUAAGAUACACUCGUGGAAGUUUCACUUUUCCAGGUGCUCAGUCAUUUCCACAUCGCAGCUUCUCCGAGGAAGUCGCAGUUCUUGAUAGCUAUUUUGGGAAGCUUGGAUCAGGAAGCAUGGCUUAUAUUAUGGGUGGUUCAGACAACUCACAGAAAUGGCAUGUUUACUCUGCUGCUUCAGAAUCUGUGAGCUUAAUUGAUUCUGUUUACACUCUCGAGAUGUGCAUGACCGGUUUAGAUAGAGAGAAAGCAUCGGUUUUCUAUAAAGAACAGUUUAGUUCAGCAGUUCUGAUGACUGCAAAUUCUGGUAUUAGAAACAUUCUUCCAGAUUCACAAAUAUGUGAUUUUGAUUUUGAACCGUGUGGAUAUUCAAUGAACUCUGUAGAAGGACCUGCUGUUUCUACAAUUCAUGUUACUCCGGAAGAUGGAUUCAGUUACGCCAGCUUUGAGACAUGCGGGUAUAAUUUGGAGCUGAUGAAUCUGAACCAAUUGGUUGAGAGAGUGUUGACAUGCUUCCAGCCGAAUGAAUUUCUGAUAGCUGUGCAUGUGGACGUUGAGAGCAAUUCAUUUGCCGAGAACUGUUUGGUGAAUGUUAAGGGAUACUGUCGUGAAGAGAGGUUUUACCAGGAACUUGGAAGAGGUGGCUGUGUUGUCUUCCAGAAGUUCACGAAGAUUUCUCGAUGCAGUUCACCUGUUUCAACUCUGAAAUGCUGGAAAGCAGAAGGGGAAGAGUAG